AUGGCAGGUGCAACUAGGAUCAAUUCACGAGUAGUUCGGUUUGCUAUUUUCGCAUCAAUCCUGGUACUGUUAGGAUUCAUCCUAUCAAGAGGGUCUGCCACAUCGUACUCUCUUCCCUCAGGGUUGACUAGUGACACGUCACAAUCAACUGGCUCAUCUCCCAAAUCUGAGUCUAAACCUUCUUCCCAAGGCAGCAGUGGUGCAACUGAACUGAAGAAGACUUAUACCACGGACGGAAAGGAAAAGGCUACUUUCGUUUCUCUUGCUAGAAAUAGUGACGUAUGGAGUUUGGCUAGCUCUAUCAGACACGUCGAAGAUAGAUUCAACCACAAGUUCCACUAUGAUUGGGUCUUCUUGAAUGACGAGGAAUUCAGUGACGAGUUCAAGCGUGUCACCUCUGCUUUAACUUCUGGAAAAGCUAAAUACGGUCUGAUUCCAAAGGAACAUUGGUCGUUCCCGGAGUGGAUCGACAAGGAGCGUGCUGCUAAGACCAGGAAGGAAAUGGCUGCUAAGAAGGUCAUCUACGGUGACUCCAUUUCUUACAGACAUAUGUGUCGUUUUGAAUCGGGUUUCUUCUUUAGACACGAAUUGAUGCAAGAGUAUGAAUGGUACUGGCGUGUGGAGCCUGAUAUCAAGAUUUACUGUGAUAUCGACUACGAUGUGUUCAAGUUCAUGAAGGAUAAUAAUAAGAUGUACGGUUUUACUGUUUCUUUGCCUGAAUACGUUGCUACCAUUGAGACUUUAUGGGACACUACUCGUGCAUUCAUUAAGGAGAACCCUCAAUACUUACCUGAGGAUAACAUGAUGGACUUUAUUUCUGAUGACGAUGGCUUGUCUUAUAAUGGAUGCCAUUUCUGGUCCAAUUUUGAAGUUGGUUCCCUCAGCUUAUGGCGUUCUGAGGCUUACCUCAAGUAUUUUGACCACUUGGAUAAAGCUGGUGGAUUCUUCUAUGAGCGUUGGGGUGAUGCUCCAGUACACUCAAUUGCGGCUGCUUUGUUUUUACAUCGUGAUCAAAUUCACUUCUUUGAUGACGUUGGAUACUUCCACAAUCCAUUCAACAAUUGUCCAGUAGACGCCGAUCUCAGAGAGGAAAGGAGAUGUAUGUGUAAUCCUAAGGACGAUUUCACUUGGAAGGGAUACUCUUGUGUGCCAGAGUUCUUCACUGUGAAUAACAUGAAGAGGCCCAAGGGUUGGGAAGCUUUCAGUGGGUAA